AACCCACUCUCAUAUCUCACCAAUCCAAGCAAAACCCACCAAACCUCCUUUAAGUUUUCAACGCACAAAAUCAUGGCAGCCUCAACGAUGGCUCUCUCCUCCCCUUCUUUCGUAGGAAAGGCAGUACAGCUCGGCACCGCUUCGCCAGAGCUCUUCGACAAUGGCCGUGUUUCGAUGAGGAAAACCACCAAGCCCGUCUCAUCGGGAAGCCCAUGGUACGGCCCAGACAGAGUUAAGUACUUGGGCCCAUUCUCUGGUGAGGCCCCAUCUUACUUGACUGGAGAGUUCCCUGGCGACUACGGCUGGGACACUGCUGGACUUUCAGCUGACCCAGAAACCUUCGCCAAGAACCGUGAACUCGAAGUGAUCCACUCUAGAUGGGCCAUGCUUGGGGCCCUUGGGUGCGUCUUCCCGGAACUCUUGGCCCGUAACGGUGUGAAGUUCGGUGAGGCCGUGUGGUUCAAGGCCGGAUCCCAGAUCUUCAGCGAGGGUGGGCUUGACUACUUGGGCAACCCAAGCUUGAUCCACGCACAAAGCAUUCUUGCUAUUUGGGCCAGUCAGGUGAUCUUGAUGGGAGCUGUUGAGGGCUACAGAAUUGCUGGUGGACCUCUUGGUGAGGUGACCGACCCAAUUUACCCAGGCGGAAGCUUUGACCCAUUGGGACUUGCUGACGACCCAGAGGCUUUUGCUGAGCUCAAAGUCAAGGAGCUCAAGAAUGGUAGGUUGGCCAUGUUUUCCAUGUUUGGGUUCUUUGUUCAGGCCAUUGUGACUGGAAAAGGCCCAUUGGAGAACUUGGCAGACCACCUUGCAGACCCGGUUAACAACAAUGCCUGGGCCUAUGCCACAAACUUUGUACCUGGAAAGUGAGCAGAGGCUUAGGGAAAGAGAGAGUGAGAGAACAUAUUUCGUCUAUUGUUGUAUUUACUGGUGGACAGUGGUGGUGUAAAGUUGUUGACAAGUAAUGGAGAGAAUUUGAUUAGAUUUGAAAGUGCAUUUUUUU